AUGGAUGUUCCGUUUGGUGGUGCACACUAUAAACCGUUUGGUGGCAAAGUUGUUCUUCUUGGAGGCGAUUUUCGUCAAACGCUUCCAAUAGUAGCUGAUGCUGGCAGAGAAGAGAGUAUUGAUUCAUCUCUGACCUGUUCCUUUUUGUGGCAACAUUGCACUGUGUUGCACUUAACUGAAAAUAUGGGUGGUUGCUUCCCGGGAGAGUCAAAGAACCAAUCUACUGAUUGGAUAGAGAUUCCGGAAUCAUUACUGCUUCCUUCUUCAGGAAAUCCCAUCCAUACGAUUACGUCUACAGUCUAUCCUGACUUUGCUCAACGGUUCCAUAAUGUAUCGUACCUCACUGAAAGAUCCAUUAUCACACCGACCAAUGCAAAUGUCACAGAGAUCAAUUCUCAUAUGUUAGCUCUGAUUCCGGGAAUGCCACGCACAUAUUUUAGUGGUGACAGUCUUCAUACAGAUGCAAGCGAUCCAGACCGACUCGAAGCUGAAUAUCCCACUGAAUUCCUUAAUUCCUUGUCCUUCAAUGGCUGCCCUGAACAUCAGAUUGAUCUCAAGGUAUUUGCUCCAAUUAUGCUGUUGAGGAAUCUAAACCCAUCCAUUGGUCUUUGUAAUGGUACACGCUUAAUGGUGCUCUAUUUGGGCCAUUAUGUGAUAAAAGGAAUGAUAAUGGGGGGUACAUUCAAUGGUAAGACUGUGGCAAUUCCAAGAAUUCAGUUUCCAGUACGAUUGUGCUACGCCAUGACAAUCAACAAAAGCCAGGGCCAGACAUUGCAAAAUGUUGGUGUGUAUCUGCCGAAGCCAGUGUUCAGCCAUGGCCAACUUUAUGUCGCUGUUUCUAGAGUUAGAACACCAGAUGGACUUAGGUUCCUUAUUAUGAAUGAAGAUGGCGUGCCUUCCAACUGUACCCGAAAUAUUGUUUACCAGGAAGCAUUCGUUGACCUUCAGACCCCAUCUUCCUAA